AUGCCAAAUCCUGUCGAAGCUUAUAGGAAGCUUCAAAAGAAGCGCGAGAAGGAGAAGCAUAGGAAAGAUAGGCAGGAGGCUAGGGAGGCAGCGAAGUUAGUGCAAGACCCGGACAGACUCAAGAAGGAGCUCGACGAACUUUCGCAUAAGAGUAUCAUUGGGAGAAUAGACGACGUUGCUGCCGAGAGGAAGGCCAAACUGGAAAAGCUGUGGGCGAAGCAUGAAACGACAAUCGCCGCAUCAGCACAAAACAUCAGACCGCCCAGCGAACCCAGCGAUAAGUCUGAGUCAGACUCGAGCUCAUCGGAGGAUGACAGCGACUCCGACGAGGACAAGCCCAAAUGCGUCAUUGAAAUCGCAGGAGGCACGAUAAUUAGCGCCAACCCAAAACGCAAAGUGAAGAAGGAAAAGCUACCGGAUGACUUUGCACUCGAGCUGCUGCAAAACGCGCCACCACUCCCUCCGAAGGAAGAUUCAACAGCUGCCCCAAAUAAGCGCGGAACAACGUUUCCAGAUCGCGAUAUGCACAUGAACCAUGCGAAAAGGCGGCUUGACGUUCACCCACCAAAGCACAUUGCAGUUAACAGAGGCAUGAACGUUGCAGCACCGCCGCCGCCACCGCCACCUCCGCCUCCAAGCGCGCCACCGAAAAAACCUAUCGCAAUACAAAUCCCCCAAAAGGCUGAUCCUCCAAAGGCAGCUGCGCCCCUGAGCUCAUACUUUGUUCCCAACCAACUUAGAGUUAAGCGAAACUAA